CCACACCCAACCCACAUACAAUGCAGACACAAACAAAAUACUUGGAAGCGCCAAGUGACAGACACAUCACAUCUAGCGGAUGCUCUCGAGUUCCAUGUUUUCUGCUUCGUCCGAACGGCUGGCCUGUUGUCUCUUCCACGCCCUGAUCACAUCCUGGGCGUUCGGCGGCCGCCCACCGCCACUGCCACUGCCACUGCCGUGACCAUCGCCCCGCUUCACGCCUCUCGACCGCACAAACUGACGCUGCAGGGGCUUCACGUGCCGUUGUUGAUGGUUGCUGCUUCUCUGUCUCUGCCCUGCGGCAACACACGCCCUACACACAGAGAGAGAGGGAAGGCGCAGUGUCACUCGUGGCUCUUUUGUUUGCUUGUGGAUGUCCUUUCCAUCUCCCACAAGGACUGGCUGACUGACUGAGUGACUGACUUGGCGGUCGUGGCGUUUUGGAAUCCCCACUCUUGCUGGACUGCAGCCACUCGGACACUCUUGGCGGAGAGACGCUGAGACACCGGCGAGUGGCUUGACGACGAUGGCUCUGGCGACGCUCUGUGUCGGGACCGCUUGUCCGACGCAGCUGUGUCGGGCGGUGUGGCCCACGCCGUGAUGGCCUCGCCUUCAUGCCCUCCUGCACCCCCUGCUUCAGUCAUCAUAGCCCGCGUGACGUUGGCCACCGCCUCAAGCAGGGCCUUGGGCGACGGGCGGGAGGGGUAGCCGUCACCCAGUAUCUCGUGCGCAUGCGCCGGCACCUCGAGUGAGAAUGGCUCUCUGAGGAAUUCGUGUGGCGGGUGGAUGAAGGGGUUGACGUCGAUGAGCGAGAAGAAUGAAGGGUCCAAAUCGAUGCUGCCCGCCAGAUCGAGGGCGGCAGUGAGUCGGUGGCGCAGCUGGUGACCACGGUGAGCCGCCUGUAGUGCCAGAGAGAAGGAGUCAACACAAAAGUGGAGGACUCACAGGGAGGUAUCUGCCAUGACUUGCCUGUAUUUUGACUGCAGCCAGUCGUCUCUUUCUGUCACAUGGCAGGGCGACACCCCGCCGUCUUAAUGCACUCCUCGUUCGCCAUCCUCGCCAACAACGCUGCACACAGCCUGCGGCAGACUCCGCCGCCUCUCGCCUCCCCUCCUUCUCGCGCCAGUAGUGUAUGUAUGCCCACGCGAUCCGCAUUGCAGCAUCGCUGCGGACAGCAUAACCCCGCCAGUGCCGCUGGAUCUCCACUGCGGCCGCCUUCUCUCGGCAUAUGUGGCGCCAGCGGGCAAAAGUAGUGCGAAGGUAGCGGUGCUGCGUCCGAUUGAUCUGUGUGGCCACUUGCCGGUCCCGCCAGGCCUUCCUCCUCCGCAGCUCGUCGACGAGCCUUCUCGCCUUCUGUGCGCGCCACACCGAUUGGAUGACGGUGGCAGCAAUGCCUCGCCGCCUCGCCAUGUCUCUCCUCCUUCGAGAAACCUCGUGCCGGGCGAGACACCUUCUGACAGCCGCCUGAAUCGCCACUGCAGCCGAAUUUUCCCUCUCUCGUUUUAGGCGCUCCUCUUCCGCUGCCCUGGCCUUCUCGAUGGCCAGCUCGUGUUUCCUUUUCUUGAGCUCCUGUCUGCCGUGCCGCCAUCCGCGCCAAAGGGACUGGAUGCGGGUGGCCAAGCCCAUCCGGCGAUGACGCUUCUCCUCUUCUGCGCGUCGCUCUGCAAAGACACACCAUGUGUGUGUGCUGUCUUAUGGAUGACUUCGUUUCUUUCUGCUGGAUUGCUCACGUUGUCUGAGGGCUUCGCUAUAGAUCUCUUGUGCAGCCAUGGCAGUGCACUCGCGUUGUCUGGAUCGCUCCUCAGCACGCAUCAGCCAAGACAUGGCGUCUUCCCUCUCCAUCGAACGCCGGGAGGCCCUGCAGAUAGGUGUUGGGGUCACAUUGUUGUGCUCUCCCAGAGCAGUCACUGUAUCCUUGAUUUCGCGCUGCCCACCUCUGUUGUUGUCGUUCCCAGGCGACGAACGCAAGCUGUCCUCGUUCUUCGUAGCACAUGGCCGUCUCCUCACGCAGCCGACGCCACUCCUCCUCUAUCCUGCAUUCACGAAGGAAUGCGCAUUCUUGCCAAAAGAAAAAUAUCUGCCUCUGUGUUCCUUGUACACCGCCACACCUUUGUUUCUCCGCCUCGAUGGCUGCAACACGGGCUCUGAAGGCUGUCUCGGCCUGUGUGCAUGUGUAGACAAAGGCAUACAAAUAAGUGGUGCUUGCUGUGUCCUUCUCGCUCACCUCUCGGCGCUCUCUUUCCGCUUCUGCCAUGCAGUCAGCUUGGAAAUCCUCUCCUGCAGCCGGCUCCACAUAACACGUGGCAGCGACAUUGGGCACCUCUUCAGCCGUGUCGCGCCUAAUGUCAUCCGAUAAAGGCAAUGCGUCCUUCAUAUCUGAUCCCUCAGUCGAUAACGGGGGGUCCGCCGGGGCCUCCUGUGCUUGCGCUGCCUUUGGCUCUGCAGCCUUGUGUUCGAUGUCUGGGGAGUUCGCAGCAGUUUGGGGCUUCUCUUCUGGUGUCUCCCUGUUCGGCGGCUGUGUUCUGGCAAUGAUUGCGGAAGCCGGGCGCAUUCGAGCGCCUUCUUUCCUGCCCCUAGAGUCCUCAAUCGCUGCAGCCUUCUGCGCAUCGAUUGUCUUGAGCCUCUCCCGAUACUGCCGCAGCGUGUCGGCGGCCUCUCUGCAGUCAGCAAUGUCAUCCUCGUCUCUCCCGAUGGUGACAAAUGCCUCCAUGUCCCUCACCAUGCUGUCCACAGACCGCUCGGGCAGCGCUGUGAGAGCCGUGAGCACCUCUGGCGGGCAGAUCGGUGCCGUACUCGUGUCGGGGUCCAGUAGAUGGUCGAUUUUCCGCCUGGUCUCGGUCACUUGGGCGAUGUCGGCGUCUCGAUUGGUCUCCAUGAUGGAUGAAAACUCAUCCAUUGCCUCGCUCAGGGCGUCAAGCAGGGCGGCAGUGGACGUGUCGGCUUCCGGCGGUGCGGAAUCGUCCACCUCUUGUCUCAUUUGCAUGUCGAUGUCCAUCAUAAUGUCAUCCUCGGACUCCCAGAUGUCGUCGCAUUCGAACUUGUCGUCGUAUAUCAUCUGCAUGAGAGAUAAGCA